GGAACUCUGACAUCGCAUGUUCUGAAAUAAUAGAUGGUAUAAAUAGUGUGUUUAUUAGGAUAGGGUCGGUGAUAGAAAGGAGGCACAGUGUUUUAUCAAGAAAAAAAGAACGCAUAAAAUUUAAUGAAGCGAAUACAUUUCAAAUAUAUAUCCUGUUCUAUUUCUUUGUGGUGAAAAUGUUUUUGGAAUACAUUGCGUAUGAAGAUUUCAAUUUAUCAUUAUAUAAGUGAUUCUCAAUAUUGAAAAGGAAAUGGCGUGACUUAAACACUCGGAAAUAGUAACAACAAUCGUUUACCUGAGCUGGUAUCGAUCUUCUCGUGUGGUGUAAGAAUGAUUGAGUAAAUGAAGUGCACGUUAAAAUAACACCAUUUAACAUAAACAAAUAAUGCACAUUACAACUGCUCAAUCAUCAUUAAUCGGAGACAUGAUGUGGAUAUUAUACUUGCUAAAGCGUUGACGUGAAUUAAGGGAAAGAUAAAACGAAUUUCAUAAGUAUCCUUCCUAAGAAAAAAAGGUUAUUUUAAAAAACGGAUAAGGCUGAAACACGAGUGGACGACCAUAUCCAUUCAUCCAAGGAUGUCACGCCUGAAUCGUCUGUAUGAGUAUGUGGAACGGAAGAUUGGAUCAGUGUUUGCCCGCUAUGGUCGAUUUGUCGCUCGCUAUCCCUGGCAAGUAAUCAUUGUAACCCUUCUUGUGAACGGUGGUCUUGGAAUUGGGAUGCUCAAGUUGCAGUCGGAUAUCAACGCACAAAAUGUCUAUCUACCACAAGGCACGCGGUCUCGUGAAGACCAGGCAGUGAUGGAAGAUACAUUUCCCGAUCUGGGUGGCCGAAACUACCACAGUCUCCAAGACUUUUUUCCUUUGCUCGAUCAAUACUGGGCUCGAGUCAUAGUUAGAGGCACUACCGGUAACCUGUUGUCCCGGACAUCGUUGGAGGAGGUUAGCGGCCUAAACACACUGGUACAAGCUGUCUCCGUUACGGAUGGCGAUGGAAAUAUUUUCACGUUUUCAGAUCUAUGUGCAAGAGCAUACGGCGCAUGCGCAGUUGAUGGGUCAAUAUUUUGGGAUGCAGAAUUCUUGUCGGCAGUUGAUGCUGGAACAGUAUCAUACCCAGCUUUUACAUCCGCAACUGUUGGCUCUAUUAAUUAUGCUUCGCAAAUCGGUGGGGCGACGUCCUUUGAUUCGAGCGGACACCUCACAAAGAUGGAAUACAUUCGCCUGAACUAUGCAUUUCGAACAGACACGGGGCAAAAAGAAAUUGUUAAGAAAUGGAUGGAUGCAUUUGCAAGAAAGUUGUCUAGUUUUAGCAACGACAAGCUUGAGAUUGCAUACGGUCAUUUUUUGUCCUUAGACGAGGAACUGGACAAAGCCGUCAACGGAGACAUUGCCCUCUUUUCGUUAACAAUCACUUUCAUGAUCACUUAUGCAUGUAUUGCUACGUUUUCAUUCAGAGACUCCGUUAGCCAGCGAUCAAUGCUAGGAUUUGCCGGCAUUCUAGCUGCUGGACUUGCUAUUAUCGCAAGUUUUGGACUCUGCUCUGCCAUCGGAGUGGACUUCGUCAGUAUUGUUGGCGUUGUACCUUUUCUUGUUAUUGGGAUCGGUAUAGACGACAUGUUCAUCCUGCUCUCUGGACUUUCGGGUGCACAGGGGGAGAACACUGUUGAGAACAAGAUAGCGGAAACCCUGAGGUCCUCGGGGGUUGGGAUCACAAUUACAUCAAUCACUGACCUUUUAGCCUUCAUGGCCGGGGCCGGAUCCAACUUCAUAGCUGUCAGAAACUUCUGUAUAUAUACAGGUGUUGCCGUAGUAUUCUGCUACAUUAACAACAUCACUCUCUUUGCUGCCUGCUUGACAAUCAAUGAACAUCGAGUGGAACAGAACAGACAUUUCAUCACGUGCAGGCGCGUGAAACCAAAAGAAGUUCUAAAAAUAGAAGGAAAAUCCAAGUUCUUCGCCUUCUGUUGUGGCGGUACCCCUCCUAAAAAUAGGAAAGAUGCAGAAAGUAUUUUAGACAAAUUUCCCCGUUGGUUGUUUCCAAAAAUAGUUCUUAAGCUCCCAUUCAAAAUAAUUAUAAUCGUAUUAUUUCUUGGCUAUUUGGCAGCUGGUAUUUACGGUUGUGUUUAUUUGAAACAAGGACUUGAUCUAUCCCAAUUGGUUCAAGACGACUCCUAUUUUUACAAGUAUUCAAUUUGGUUUGAAACACAUUUCAGUAGACAAUCUCCAGUAGCUUUUGCUACGACCAAUGACUAUACUUACAGUGAUCAAAAGACGAAGAACCAAAUCGAUGAUGUUAUAAAGACAGCUCAAGACAACGAGUAUUUUGACGACACUUUUGAACAUAACUGGCUGAAUACCUACAUGGCAAGUACAUACUACGAUGGAUCUAGUGAAUCAAACUUCAUUGUUGGCUUCAAAAGUUUCAUAAGUAACAGCAGUUAUGCUAGAUUUGAAAACGAUGUGGUGAUUGAUUCUAGCGAGACGAAAAUUACAGCGUCCAAGUUCUAUGUGUUAAGUAGUGACUUGUCAGACAGCCAAGAGGAGGGCAAAAUGAUGCUCAAGGCUCGCGAAAUUGCAGACAACGCUCAAUUUCAAUGCAUUGCGUCGUCGCCAGGUUUUGUCGCAUUUGAGCAGUAUGUGCGCAUUCUAGGACAAACGUUGCAAUCAGUUGGGAUUGCCCUCGCCGCUGUUUUUGUUGUAACGUGUAUCUUUAUGCCACACCCUGUAUUGAUAGUGUUUGUUACUCUUGCCGUUACAAUGAUUAUGGUUGGCGUCUUUGGCUAUAUGCUAUACAUUGACGUUGCGUUAAGCGCCAUAACUAUGAUUCAUUUAAUCAUGAGUAUAGGUUUCUCCAUAGAUUUCACAGCCCACAUUUGCCACGGGUAUAUGAUAUCAACGGGAGCAAGCAGGGACGAAAGGGUUAAGCUGGCUUUUGACCACACAGGUGCGCCCAUAUUUCAUGGUGCAAUGUCGUCGCUAAUAGGUGUUGUUGUACUUUUCGGUGCCAAGUCCUACAUAUUCAAAACAUUUGCAGCUGUAAUGUCUUUUGUCCUCCUCUUUGGUAUCGCGCAUGCCCUAUUACUACUUCCGGUGAUUUUAUCAUGGCUAGGGCCAGGGAGACUUACAGAAGCAAAUGCAUCAAAAGCGAGCUUAUCAAAUGGUCAUACUAACAAAGCAAUGGAAGACACUGAAUUAUCAACUAAGGGAAAUAAAAAUGGAAGUUUUCAGACAGAUCCAAUGACAGGAAGCCCAAAGAGAUCAAGCGUUUCCCCGAUGCAAGAUGACCUACUAGAUUUUAACAAGCACAGCUCCCCCUAUCACCUUGAACAUCAGAAAGGAGGCGACUGGGACUGGAAGAAAGAAAAAGACUCGUGAUGAAUGUUAAUAUAAGAAAUGUUUCAUUGUUUUGGUUUCGUCUGUUUGAAAAAAAACAACAACCUAAAAUAAAUUGUACACUAUUUUGGGACAGCCCUCGUACAUUAUAUAACGAGGUUGUUAUUGGUUUUGUUAAAUAUACGUUUUCAUUUACUUGUUGUGAAGUUUGCUUUAACUUGUACUUUACUUUUCUUAAUUAAGAAAUUACUUUGCUGUUUUAUA